AUAACUCCCACCCAAAACAAAACAGAACAUAACUUUAAGUCUUUAACACCAAAAAAAAUCUUUAUAUUCGGACAAUCUAUAACCACUUUGUACUUAUAUCAAUACAAGAACUAGUAUUGCAAUGGAUAAUAAUAACGAUGGGAUCAUUCUUGCGGAGAUGAGGCCAAAGAGGCGUGCGGGACGCAAAGUAUUCAACGAGACACGUCACCCAGUUUUCAGAGGAAUACGACGGAGGAACGGCGACAAAUGGGUCUGCGAAGUCCGAGAGCCGACGCACCAACAACGCAUUUGGCUCGGGACUUACCCUACAGCUGACAUGGCUGCACGUGCACACGACGUGGCUGCUCUAGCUCUGCGCGGGAGAUCCGCGUGUUUGAAUUUCGCCGACUCCGCCUGGCGUCUCCCCGUGCCGGAGUCAAACCACCCGGACGUCAUAAGGAGAGUCGCGGCUGAAGCGGCGGAGAUGUUCAGGCCGACGGAGUAUGGGAGUGGAAUCACGGUUUUGCCCUCUUAUGGUGAUGAGGUUUAUUUGGGUUCUGGUUCGGAGGAGAGGAAUGUUUAUGGAUAUGUGGAGGAGGAGGAAGAGGAAGUGUCGACGACUAUGAUGAGACUUGCGACGGAGCCGUUAAUGUCGCCGCCACGGUCGUAUAUGGAAGGUGUGACUCCUAAUGGUUAUAUGGAUGAAGAGAUGAGUUAUGAGGAUAUGUCACUUUGGAGUUACCGUUACUAGGCGGGAUGCACAUUAGUAUACAUAUGUUUUUUUAAAAAUAUGUAAUAUGGUAAAAGUGUGCAAUAGUGUGUUGAGUUUAAGAUUUCCCAUUUUGGAGGUUUUUUUGGAUCCUCUGGUUGAGUUAGAAGUCUCCCUGAUGGAAUAUUUUUGUAUUGUUCUUGUGAGAAAAUAUGUUAUAAAAUGUUUGGGCUUUAUGAAUCUUUAUACAAAGCAUAGGCCGAACUGAAUGUAUAACCAUCAGCUUAAAGUACUAUGCUUUGAAUCAAAAUAUAGAUUAAAUUGGGCCUAUGCUUUGAUCAAAAUAUUUGUACAUACAAAAUAUUUUUCUACAAAGUUUGGAUUAUAG